AUGUCGCUGUCAAACGAGGCGCUGCAGAAGCUGGUGAGGGAGAUCGAGACGCAGGCGAUUCAGGCGCAGCAGCAGAUCACAGUGGCGCGGUCACAGGUAGCCAGCAAGCAGCGAGAGAUGCGGCUGGCCCAGCUGACACGAAGCGAGCUGGCGGCACUGCCGACCGACACGGCAGUAUACGAGGGCGUGGGCAAGAUGUUCGUGGCCGAGCCGGUGACGGAGCUGAGCGCGAAGCUGGACAAGCAGAUCAAGGGCCUCGAGGGCGACGUCGAGGGCCUGGGCAAGCGGCUACACUACCUCGAGACGACGGCCAAGAACAGCCAGGAACACAUCAGCCAGAUGCUCCGUCGCGGCGGCGGUGAGGCGGCAUAG